AUGAAAUUCACUAAAGUAUGCUCAGUUUUCACUUUUCUCCUUGCCGUUAAGUUGUUAACCCCAGAAUGUCAAUGUGAUCCUGUGAAUAAGAAGCCCCACGUACACAACAAUCACAGCAAUGGCAGUGGUAAUUUCGGAGGCCACCCUGCGAACUCAUCUGCUAAUUCAAGCAAUUCAGGCUUCUCCAAUGCCGUAUCAGGUAACUCUUCAAAUUCUAUAAACGCCUCGGGCUCCGGCGCUUCCCUAUCAUCAUCUAAAUUAUCAGGCCCAGGAGGCGCCCCACCAGUUCCAACCCCUUCUCCAGCAACACCCUCACCUAAGGAUGACGCCGGAAAGGCAAUUGACCAAAUUGACCAACAAAUUGAAAAGAAGAAAAACAAUAAAAAAAUGUGCAUAAUAUCAGCAGCAGUCACAGCUUUAACUCUCUUAGUGGGAGGAGCACUAGGAUUCGGAAUCUACAAGAACAGAAAGGCACCGCAGGUUACGGUAGAGGGUACAAAUGAAACCUCCGACGCGGAAAGUUCUAACCCUGUCGUAGAGGGAAAUGCUGAAACCCUUGGUACAACCGAGGCUCCCGCUGCCCCAGAGACUCCAGAAACUUCAGAGACUCCAGAAAUUCCAGUGACUCCAGAAAUUCCAGAGACUCCUGAGACUCCAGAGACCCCACAAGCAUAA